CCCACCUGGAUUCAACACAGCCCCAGCAGCCUCUCCAAACCUGCCUUUUGCACCUGGCUCUCAGCCCUGCCCUGAAGCUGUAUCAUGAAGAGAGUGACCCGGGCCCUUCUCCUCACAUUGGCAGGGCAUUGGCCAGAGUCUGUGUAGGAAGCUUCUCAGAAGAGGGUAAAAAGAUACCAACACACCAUCCCAUUUCAUAUGCAAGAAAGGCUAGCAGGAAGCAAGAGAAAUAGCAGGAAGGGCCUGCCUGCCUUGGAAGCCAAUGAUCUGGUCGAUAAAGACAGUCCCUUCUAUUAUGACUGGGAAAGCCUGCAGCUGGGUGGGAUGAUUGUCGGAGGGCUCCUGUGCAUCGCUGGAAUCUUGAUAGCCCUGAGUGGAAAAUGCAAAUGCAAGUACAAUAAGAAGCACAGCCCCUUACCUGAGAGAGCCACUCCACUCAUCACUCCAGGCUCUGCCAGUACCUGCUGAGCACAGGACCAGCUUUGUGGCACUUUCCGUACCAGCUCCCAUGCUGUUCCCUCCCCCCUUGGGGCCCUUACAUGAUGGCCUUUCUCUCCAAAGCUGGGCCCUUCAGCUCCUGUCUGAUCAGGACACUGUCUAAAGCUUAUUUCUAAAUUAAACUGUCUCACUCCUCCC